AUGAGUUUCUUGAGAAAAGAUAAAUCAAAGAGCAACUUAUUUAAUAGUUUUGCUGCCGGCCAGUAUAAUAUAUCUACGAGUAAUUCAAAUAAUCGUGAGACCGACGAAAUGAAUAGUAAUAAGUUUCAAGAGCCGCCUUCUCCCAUGACAGAUAAUUUUGAAGGUUCUGAUAUGAAUACUGCGUCAAAUCAAUUGGACGCUAACAACGGCUCAGGUGGGUCUGAAAGCGGGGCAAACGCUAGACCUAAACUUGCUAAGAAACUGUCGUCGAAUGGAGUAUACCCGAUUUCGUCGUCAUCAUCCUUGAGUUCUAACGACAGGAACGAGGGCCAGAUAUUUUUCAAUAGCAAAUUCAACGAAUAUGAAGAUAGAACUACGGCUGGGGAACAGCAAGGCCAAUUGAAGGGAAAUCAAGUACAGGAUACCCAGCAAGCAAAUCUGGCGCAAGCAAAUCAACAGCAACAACAGCAAAAGAUACCAGCAAGAAAUAGUUCGGUGGGAUAUAAUAAUGAUAUGAACUAUAGUCCAAGGUCAUCGGUAGUAUCUCUCUCAACACCACCGAAUCAAAGCAACACUAACUCCGAAGUCGCUGCUAGUGCGGAACAGAGUUAUAUUAAAGACAACUAUAAGGGAUUUCAUGCAAAUAAGCGCCCUAAGGGUUUAGCCAAUAUUCCCCCUCUAGCACAUCCAAUAAAGCCACGAUUCAGGAAGAAGGGCUCUUCAUUAUUAGGAAAAUUAAUUUAUUCGUCGAGAAAAGAUUCCGAAAGUUCUCAGCAAUCGACUGAACAGACACCACAGCAUUCUAUCGAUUUAGAAUUAGAUGAAGCUGAAGCCACAGAUAAACAGCGUCGUAAUUCAUCGGGAAAUAAUGGAGGUCAGCAACAGGCAAACAAUAAAAAGAGUGUUAGCUCGACUGGCUCUACUUCUUCUAAACAUAAGUUUAGGAUUCCUUCUAUAUCGUUGGACCAUCACCACCACUCACAUAAAAAUGAAAAUGAAGAGCAUAACUAUCAUCCUAGAGCUCAGUCAGCAUCGAAGGCAGAAAUAAGAAGAAAUCAACCAGGAGGUGAAAAAAAGAUAGCACCUACUUCGUUUGAUCUAGAUAUGGACAUAAAUGAAAUGCAAGGUAUUGUGAAAAGUCCAAAUCAACCUACAACUCAUGAGAAUAAGAAUCCCUUAAAUGAUGAUUUUGGUGAAACUUCGUUCACAUUCAAUCUUAACGAUGCCAGUAAUAUAGCUCCACUACAGCAAACAUCUGAUAAUGUAAAUGUUGCAAUGCAAAAAUCAUCAUCCAGUGUUUCUUCAGCCAUACCCGCUGGCAGUGCCAAUGCAAAACAGUAUGCAAAUCGCUCGGGAGGAGCUUGGAGAGCUCCAGACAGUUGGGAUGUCAAAUUGAAUGACCCUUCCUAUUCGGCUAAAAUCGAUAACAGAUCACUAUCUGAUUCCGAUAAUGAAGAUAGAAUAGAUGAUAGAGUUAGUAGCGCUGACACGUCAUCAACUUUAAGCACUUCCAUGAAGCAGUUAAACGAUAAGUCGACCAACAAACUAUCAAAUACAGCACAAGUUUCUCUUAGGAAACUGAAAAAGGAAAAAUCAGAACUUCGCUCGGAGAAGCCACAAAGCACAAGGUCGAAUCUACCUGUGUUAUAUGGUUCAAGUAAUAUUUCGCACGAAGUUCCUACCCAAUCGGAUUCUAAAAAUCUUACAAAAGGACCAAAUCACAUAGUCAGAGUUUUCAAAGAAGACAAUACAUUUACCACGAUUUUGUGCCCAUUAGAAACUACUACUGCAGAAUUACUAAGCAUAGCACAAAGGAAAUUCUUUCUUGAAUCAAUCGCAAAUUAUCAAAUAUCCGUGUACAUAGGUGAUUGUGUUAAGGUAUUGGAGCCUUUUGAGAAACCAUUGAAGAUUCAAAUGGGCUUAUUAAUGUUAAGUGGAUAUUCUGAUAAUGAUAAUUUAAGGAUUAUCGGAAGAGAGGAUUUAUCCUAUAUUUGCAAAUUCGUGGUAGAAAAUAUUUAUUUGAGGAGUUUGACUCACGAAGAGGAAAUCAUGCUUUCUAAGGAUUACGUUGAUGUGAAUAUUUCGAACUCAGAUUUGAAAAAUAUCCCCAUCAUUUUCCAUCAGCAUACUUACGAAAUUGAAAAAUUGAAUGUAUCAGAUAAUCCAUCCAUUUAUAUUCCUUUAGAUUUUAUUCAGUCUUGUACUAACUUGACUAGUAUUAUAUUUUCUAGGAAUGGAUGCUCGAAAUUUCCAAUAAAUUUCUUAGAGGCUAAACAAUUAACUCAUUUGGACAUGGAGAAGAACUUUUUAGACGACUUGCCAUCAAAAAUAAACCAUUUACGAAACUUAACACAUUUAAAGUUAAAUUCAAAUCAAUUAUUUUCGUUGCCUAAAUCCUUCGGAAAAUUACAGAAUUUGGUAUCAUUGAACUUGUCAUCAAAUUAUUUUGAAGCUUAUCCUGAAGCAAUUAGUGAAUUAAGCAAUUUGGCAGAUUUAGAUUUGUCUUAUAAUGACUUAUCUUAUUUACCAGAGUCAAUUGGAAGAUUAUCCCAGUUGGUUAAAUUGAAUGUAUCAACAAAUAAGUUAAGCAAGACAUUACCGCCAUAUAUCAGCAAUUUAGUUAUGUUGAAAAGGUUUGAUUUAAGGUACAACAAGCUUACAAAUGUUGAUGUCUUAGGAUCAUUACCUAAUUUAGAAGUUCUUUACGCUUCGAAGAACAAUAUUUCCACCUUUAAUGAUGAAAUGGAAAGCUUGAGAUUGCUCCAUUUUGAUAGAAACCCAAUUACUAAUCUAAAGUUUGACACUUUGCUACCGAAUUUGGCAGUUCUAGAUUUAUCGAAGGCCAAGAUUACCGCCAUCCCUUCCGAGUUUAUGCAAAAAAUCUCAAACAUUGAAAAGUUGGUUUUGGAUAAGAAUCAUUUAAUUAACUUACCCAAUGAGAUUGCAAAAUUAAGUAAGCUUGCCUAUUUAUCAGUUUAUGGUAAUAAUUUGCAAGUGUUACCACCUUCAAUUGGUAAAUUGACAUCCUUACAAUAUUUGGAUUUGCAUUCAAAUAAUUUACAGUUAUUACCUAAUGACAUUUGGGAUCUUAAAUCAUUAUCUUAUUUAAACGUUUCGUCUAAUAUGAUCAGCACAUUACCGAAGCCACCAUUGUCUUUGGCUAAAAGAAUUUCAUCUACAGCUAAUUUUAGGCAAAGCCCUACGAACGGCCUUAGGCUGGAAUCUGAUUCUAGAAGGCCGUCUGUCCAGUCUGUGAUCGAAAGCGACAGCACAACUACCCCUGUAGAACCUAUCGGCUUCAUUGAAGAGCGGAGUGAAGGGGUUUCUUAUGAAGAAAGCAGUUCAUCAUCAGUGAACUUUAAUAAUUCUUCAGGUUCUUUGGCAGACAGUUUAUUGGUUUUAGUCUUAGCUGAUAACAGAUUAGAUGAUGACUGCUUCGAAUCAAUUUCAUUUCUAGUUGAAUUGAAGACCUUGAAUUUGUCGUAUAAUGAUCUAUUAGAAAUUCCAGAAGGUGCGACGAGAAGGAUGACAAAAUUGACUGAAUUAUAUUUAUCAGGAAAUGAACUUACUAGUUUACCUACGGAUGAUUUUGAUAGUAUUAAGUCUUUGAAAUUACUAUACGUGAAUAAUAACAAAUUUGUCUCACUUCCAGCAGAAUUGAGCAAAUUAGUUAAUUUGCAACAUUUAGAUGUUGGGUCGAAUCAGUUGAAAUAUAAUAUUUCAAAUUGGCCAUAUGAUUGGAAUUGGCAUUGGAACAAAAACUUAAAAUAUUUGAAUUUUUCAGGUAAUAAAAGGUUUGAAAUUAAGCAGAGUCAUAUAAAGAAUCCAGAUACAGGAGAAGAUUUUGAUAGUUUGUUAGUUUUAAAAAAUUUGAGGGUACUUGGAUUAAUAGAUGUCACUUUGACAACAACAUCAGUCCCAGAUCACACAAUUGAUAUGCGCAUUAGAACUACAGCGUCAGAAUUAGAUAAUAUUGGUUAUGGGGUUUCCGAUACAAUGGGUAUGCGAGAUUUUGUCUCAAGUAGAGAUAUUUUCUUACAAAAAUUUAGAGGUAAUGAAAAUGAAGUCUUAAUAUGCUCAUUUGAUGGAAAAUCUGGAUCUCCUAACCACAGCCAUCGGAUAUCAGCACUAGCAAAGUCACUCUUCGUUCCCAACUUCACUAGUGAAUUAAACAAGUUGAAAAAUGAAGAGGAAAUUCAAGAUGCUAUACGAAGAACUUUCCUUUCUUUGAACAAAGAAAUAAAUGGUAUACUAUCUGCAAAGAAGAAUGAUUGCUUUAACCCCAGCUCUCAGAUUAGUCCAGAGUUCGCAGACUUAAACCUUCGUGAUGAUGCAGCAGCAGGCUGUGCUAUGUCCAUUAUUUAUAUAAAAGAGAAAAAACUUUAUACUGCUAAUAUUGGUGAUGUUGAGACGUUAUUAUCUACAAGUAAUGGUGAUCAUGUUUUAUUAACAACGAAGCAUAGUCCAACAAGUAGAAAAGAAUUUGAAAGAAUUAGAGCUUCGGGUGGCUAUGUUUCUGGUGAUGGUGCGUUGGACGGUGACUUAGCCGUUUCUCGUGGUGUUGGAUUUUUCAACUAUUUACCUCAUACGCAUUCAGGACCAGACAUAAGUGAAAUUGAAUUAACUUCGGCGGAUGAUAUGAUUAUUAUGGCUACAAAGGUAUUAUGGAACUAUAUCACAUUUGAAAUAGCGGUUGAUAUUUUAAGACAAGAGAAGAAUGAUCCUAUGAUUGCUGCUCAAAAAUUAAGGGAUUAUGCGAUCUGUUAUGGUGCGACUGAUAAGAUGGCAGUAAUAGUUGUUACUUUGGGAGAGAAGAAACCAAACAGAAUGAAGUUUGGUGCAAAUGCGUUUUAUAAUAAUUUGGGACAGGAGAAUGAUGUUUUUGCAAAGAAAAGAAGGGAUAGGUCUCAACUAUUAGUUGGCGACUCUACUUUAAGGAGAUUGGAAGAAGAAAUAGAACCACCCGAGGGCACAUUAGCAUUGGCAUUCACCGAUAUUAAGAAUUCAACACUAUUAUGGGACUCAUACCCUGUUGCAAUGAGAUCUGCCAUUAAAAUUCAUAACGCUAUUAUGCGUCGUCAACUAAGAAUAGUAGGAGGUUAUGAAGUUAAAACAGAAGGUGAUGCAUUUAUGGUUUCGUUUCCAUCACCCACAGCGGCAUUAUUGUGGUGUUUCAAUGUUCAGCAACAAUUGUUAAAACAAGAUUGGCCUGCGGAAAUCUUGGAAACUGACCAUUGUUGUGAAGUUACAGACAGUAAAGGUGAAAUAAUCUUCAGAGGAUUAUCAGUACGUAUGGGUAUACAUUGGGGUUCACCUGUGUGUGAGCUUGAUUAUGUUACUCGUAGAAUGGAUUAUUUCGGUCCCAUGGUUAAUCGUGCAUCCCGUAUUAUGGCUAUUGCUGAUGGUGGUCAAAUUGCGGUCAGCUCAGACUUCUUGAGAGAAAUUAGGGCAUUAUAUAAAAUACAUGACGAUGUUGCAAGUGGUGCAACAACCCUUUACGAUGCUUACCAAGGUAAUGUUCGUGGAGGUGAGAUAAUUGAAAGAGAACUUCGUUCGAUUGAAGAAAUUAAAUGGUCAUUUUUUGAAUUGGGCGAAAAGAAAUUAAAGGGUUUAGAAACACCCGAGUUGAUUACCUUAGUUUACCCAAAAAAAUUAGAAGUGAGAUUUGAAAUCUUCCAGAAGAGGCUUUUCCACCUUGAAGAUUCGCAAUCGAGCACUAGAAUUGUUGGAACCUUACCGGUGGAUAGCAUUUAUGGUUUAAGGACCGUAUCGUUAAGAUUGGAGAAUAUUUGUUCGUGCCUUAAUGGCGGUGUUCACGUUAAUGAAGGAUUCCAAAUGAAUUCAUCUGAUAUUAUUUCUCAAAAAAUCAAUUCAUCAUUUAAGGAAAGUGAUUUAAUGGGGCUUUUGAACCAUAUAGUUACUAGAAUCGAGAAUUGUGUUGCGACAUUGCAUUUAAGACAGCAAAUGAGCCUCUUGGGUGAUAACGGAGGAUAUAUUGACUUCAGUCAAAUUCAACCAAUAUCCAAUAUUAUGGAUGAUCUUAAGACUUUGAUAGAACAAUUCGAGCAGUACAAAGGGCUCCAGGAAGGUGUAUAG